CGCAACACGGAUACAAAGCCGCGGGUGAAGACACCGAAAGUUUCUGCCGUGCGGUUAGAAUUUUGUAACAAGCUUAGUUUUCUUUACGAGAUCGUUAACAGGCAUGAAAAAGACGGCAUUCGUAGUUUUCAUUUUCGCAUCUUCUUUCUUUUUUCUUCGUUGGGGAAUUAUUGAAGGGCUUGCUGAUGACGUAAAGAGCUGUCAUGAAUAUAUCAAAAUAGGUUGCUAUAGAGACAGUCUGAGGAAGCCACGCCCAUUACCAACAUUGAUUGCGAACUAUCGCUCGUUCUUCAAUUGGUAUUCUCCAAAGGAGUCAAUAAGCAGCGGAGUGUCACAGUGCGCCGAUGCAGCUUCUCAGAGAGGCUUUACAAUAUUCGGUCUUCAAUUUUACGGCGAAUGUUGGAGUGGAGAAAAUGCCUCUCUAACGUAUGCAAGGGAUGGGAAAAGUGACCGGUGUGUUUCGGCAGUUGAUAACGAGUUACAAUUACAACCAUGUAAAGAUGAUUCAAGUGAAGCUUGCACAGGGGCUAGCCAGUCGAAUUAUGUCUACAAAAUCAUUGAUCCAGUGAAUGGCAAGUUUACUCCCUGGUCCACAUGGGGUCCCUGCAGCAAAAGUUGCGGAGAAGGGGAACAAAAAAGAACAAGAUUAUGCUCGGAUCCUCCGCCGAGCAAAUGUGGAAAUCCUUGCAUCGGUGACGUUGAGGAAACAACCAGUUGUAACACUCAUUCUUGUCCUGCACCUUGUCUGGACGUGAGUUCUUCAUGUGAAAGGUACAUAGAUCUUGGACUUUGUAGCUUUCCUGAAGUCCUCAAAAUUUGCCGAAAGUCUUGCGGAAGAUGCUGAGAUAAAAUUUAUCCCGGCAAAAAAUGAACGGGUCAGCCCUCCCGUUGAAGAAUGUGCAUGGUGUUUAGUGUAAAAGAAUCGAUGAUGUUAUGGUUUGGUGAGGUUCCAGUGACGCUGGAGAGUGGAAGAGCGUGUAUCGAUCUAAUUUAUUUAGCACAACUUUGGAAAUAUCUGUAAUGCAUUACAAUUGUUAAUAAAGUAA